AUGAUGGCGGUUCAGGAUCCACGGGUGCCAGUGCUGGCCACUACAUCUACAGCCCUCGCAGCUGGCACAGGCUCAGGUCGUUCUCGACCCGUUUCUGCCCUGCGUGGCGCGCAAGUACCAAGCACGGCCGCCUCCGCAAGUGCACAGCGGGCGGCUCCGCUGGCAAUGCUUGGGUUGGGGGCAUGUGCUGCACUAGCUCGGCGAAAACAUCGCAAAGCAGGUGUCACUUCGAGGAAAGCUACAAUUACCGCGAGUAUGGAGACUGAACCUGCCAUUGAAGAGGAGGACGCGACUCCAGUGAAAAAGACUUCUGUGCUGGUCCUUGGGGCCACCGGAACAGUGGGACGCCAGAUUGUACGGCAGCUUCUGAAUGCUGGUUAUUCUGUGCGUUGCAUUCUGCGAAACCGCGCGGAUCGGCCAUUCUCAUUCCUGGUAGACUGGGGUGCGACUGUGGUCGAAGGUUCCUUGAAGCGACCCGAGAGCCUGCCAAGCGCAUUGGUGGGCAUUCAUACCGUCAUUGAUUGUGCCACUGCGCGGCCUGAGGAAGACAUCUACGACAUUGAUUGGGAGGGCAAGAAGCGUCUCAUCCAGUGUUGCAAACAAAUGAAGAUCCAGCGCUACGUUUUUUGCAGCAUCAAGGACUGUGACAAAUACCAGAGUGUGCCACUUAUGCAGAUCAAGUAUUUGACGGAAAAGUUUCUGCAGGAGAGUAAGAUUCGGUACACUAUCCUCCGGGUCAGUGGUCUCAUGCAGCCGCUCAUUUCACAGUAUGCCGUCAGUGUUUUGGACGAUCAGAAGGUUUGGGGAGACGACGGCAGCAUGCCGGGCAUUGCAUACAUUGACUCCCAGGAUGUCUCUCGUAUGAUUGCGUCUGCAAUGAUCAAGGAGCGGACCGUGGGACAGACCUUGACCGUGACCGGGCCGAAGGUUUGGUCCACCAAUGACGUCAUCAAGCUUUGCGAGGAGCUCUCUGGAAGGGAUGCGGAUGUGAAUGUCGUGUCCAACUCGCAGAUGCAGCUCGCGAUGUCAGCUGCAGGUUUCUUUGAUUGGUCGGUGGAUGUGGCUGAGCGCUUGCGCUUCGUGGAGGUGAAUCAGCAGGGAUCGCCCGAUUCCCCCAUGCUGAUGACAGAGGAAACUUAUCAAGCUCUCGGUCUGGAGCCGUCAUCAACACGCAAGCUAGAGGAGUACAUUGGCGAAUACUACAGGAGAGUCUUUAAAAAGCUCACGAAGGGCAAGUAUGAGCCAGAGGCAGGCGAGCUCGAGAAAGAAAAGGCUGAGGCUGAAGCAAAGCUGAAGCAGGCUCUGUCCCAGGACACAGCUGAUGAAUUGCCGGCUGGCCAGCCAGCAGAGGAAGAAGUGACCGUUUCUUACCAGCGUGAUGUUGCAGAACGCUUGCAGAAGUUCUUCGAGGACAAAAUUCUGACCGAGAUGGAAGAUGACAAGAAUGCAUGGUUUGGCUGGGUGCCACUUGCUGAAGUGUUCAACGGACGAUCUGCAAUGGUGGGCUUCUCCCUGGGCUUGUUCACGGAAUGGGCCACAGAUGUCAACGUGGCCAAGCAGAUUGAUUUGGUUUUGGCCAUUUUCUCACCACCAUCCUGA